AUGUCUGAUAAUAUCAAAACCACCUCCCCCAGCACCUCAGUUCCAGACUCCAUCUCGCACGGCUGGGAGACCGUCAACAACAACCAAACCAUCACCCCCUCUUUCUCCUCCCCCUCUGCGUCCAAAGCUGAAUCUGACUCUGACGGCCCCGCCGUCGAACACAUCGAAGAUAUCGCUAAUUACACCGGUGAUAUCAAUGCCGAAGAAGACCACGCCGUGAUAUCUGGCCCGCUCGCUGAACGUUUCGUUUCUGAAGCUAUCACUACGACUCCCGCUGCUGCGGCGGCUGUUGCCUCUGAAGCUGUUACUGAGGACGCUGGAGCUGAUGAUGAAGUUGAGGAUUGUGAUGGUGACGCGGGUGCGCAUGCGGCGUUGCACUUCUGGGAGAACGAGGCUGCGAGUGGUUAUCGUGGUGAUGCUGCUGCUGGAAAGCGUCCUGGUGUUUCGGAGGGAGAGUAUGCUCAGGCUAGUUUGUCGGCUGAGAAGAUGUUCGAGGUUAGGUUGAAGCGCAUGCAGGAGAUUAUGGGGAUGUAUGAGGCUAAAUGGAGGGAGGCGUACGACCCAGAGCAGGACAAGAAAGAAGACGACUACUGGAACAAGUACAUGGCCGGUCGCUCUAUCUCUGCCAUCGAGCCUGAUUCCCCCGGUGUCGAGGACUCUGGUGCCCCCUCCCGUCGCCAGCAGUACGUCCAGGCUCGCCAGAACCGCUUAAGCUCUGUUCAUGAGGGUAGUUCUAGUGCUGGUGCUAAUGCCAGUGCCAGUACCAAUACCCCUAGCCUUCCCAUGCCGUCUCCUGUUCUCGCGAGGCGCCAGAGCUCUACUAGUGUCAGUAACGCUGAUGUCUCCAUCCCUAUGCCCUCACCUGGCCGCCCAAUGCGUGAGAGCCCUGCCCAUGAGGCCAGUGCCAGUGCUACUGGUAUCACCAUCCCCACCCCGUCCCCUGACCUUUCGAGGCGCCAGAGCUCUGUCCGUGAUGCUAGCCCCGGCAACAUUGGCGUCGGUGUUUCGAUCCCCUUUCCGUCCCCAGUCUCGUCACCUAUUCGCACAAAGACAUCGAAUAGCGAAGCCUACGGUAAAGCACUGGCUUCCUUCGACGCUCUCUGCCAGAGCUUCAACGAGUGCGUUCAGCUCCAGGAGCGUGAGAACAUGAACGCCGCCUCCAGUGCUACGGAAAACGAAGCCAGUAGCUCCAACGACGUCAACGUCAACAUCAACAUCAAUAUUAACAUCAACGGUCAUCGCAACGGCGAUUCCAGCACCAGCGUCAACGGUAAUGCCAACGGCACUGAGACCGACUUCCCCUGCGACUCCACCCGCAACAACGAUCCGGACCAGGAGUAUGACGCUGAUGGCGAAUCAUCUGACCCUCUUGCUCUGGACGCGAUGAUUCCCCGCGAGCGCGCGAAUCCGAGUUCGCCUGAGCCUGAGGCUGAUAGUGGUUACGAGGAGGGUAAUUAAAUGUCAUGAUCUGGAUUGGAUAUGACCUUUGUGGCUUCGGUAGUUAGGGCUUGUUUGCGCAGUCGUCUGGAUAUGGAUGUACUUUCUUUCCUACGCUAAUGGUCCCUGGAGUUGAGUAUAUGGGUAUUGUGCUAAAGGAAUUAUGGGUAUUUGGAG